AUGAGCGGGAGACCUGGCUACGGUAACGGCAACGGUUACGGACGCUCCGAUGCCGGCCGGUUUGAUGAUGGGAGAUACGGCAGCAAUGAGAGCCUCGGUGUGAACGGGUACGGCGGUCGAGGAGGUAAUGGCGCUCCAAAUGGAGGAGGCCGAGAUCGCCGACCUGGUGGCUACGGUGGAUUCUAUCCUGAAGCGAAUCAAUCGCCGUCGCUCUCACCGGGUCCAUCGCCAGAACGGAGACGUGAUAUGUCGGAUCGAGAGAGACAGCAAUCCUCUUCACAGUCUACUUCGCGGUCACGACCAAGGAACGGGGAAUCCGAGAGGAGAUACCAGACUGCGAGGGAGAAUCAAUCGUCGGAUAAUGGUCGCUAUGCGGAUACUCGCAGUCGCGAAAGGAACGUGCCUGAUGCGCUCCGUCCUGCAGGACCCAACGCUGCACCGCCCAAUAUUGCAUCGCCUAAUACUGUGGUAUCCAAUACCGCAGGGCAACAGUCUGUGGAAGAGGUGCUGCAGGCGAUUCAACGCGAUUGGGACUUCAUGACGGAUGCCGAAUGCAUUCCUGUCAACGUGGCGUUGAAUUUGAUGGAUACGAGCACAUUGGGUAAGGCAGAUCGAGAGCCGGAGUUUUUGAACAUGCAUGCUCGGAUCCAGAAGACCUUGAAGUCCAUUGUGAAUGAGCAUCACCAGGGAUUUAACAGUUCUAUCGGAACGUACCACAAGAUUCAAUCGAAUAUCUCCAGCUCCCAGAGCCGAGUGCGCAAUCUCAGAAACUCCCUGGAGGAGGCAAAGUCUGGAUUACUAUCAACGAAGCCUGAGCUGAAGGGACUGGCUACGUCUUCUCAGAACUACGAUGAUAUCCUGCAAUUGUUCGCACAGAUCGAGGAGAUCCAGUCUCUUCCAGAGAAGCUCGAGUCUCGAAUCUCAGACAAGCGGUUCCUCGCGGCAGUUGAAGUGCUUCACACUGGAUUGCGGUUACUGCGGCGCUCUGAGCUAGAGGAUAUUGGUGCUUUAACGGAUAUUCGUGCAUACUUUAACAAUCAAGAGAUCUCGCUUACAGAUAUUUUGAUUGAAGAGUUACAUGAUCAUCUAUAUCUCAAGUCUCCUUAUUGCGCAGACCGCUGGAAAGCACCUGUCACUGAGAAAGAGUCGAACCCAAGCAGUUGGUCAGGCAAUCGAACUUGGGAACGGCCUGUGUAUAGUUUCCUGGCAAAGUUCGACGCUUCUACUCCCAUGAUUGAAGAUGCGUCUCGAAACCCAGAAGCGGACACAUUCUCCUACAUCCAAUUAUUGAUAGAGGCUUUGAACAAGAUGGGUCAUCUUGAUACCGCUGUGGAUCGCAUUGAGCAGCGCUUGCCAGUCGAGCUAUUCUCGGUAGUUGAUAAAACAAAUGCCGAGGUUGAUGCUCGUUACCCUACUCCGAAUCGCAGCUACUCAUCACAUGAUAAUCAGCUCAAGUCUAACUUGCCAACGGAAACGAUUGAACAGCGCGGUCAUGUGCUUUCAGAAUUUCUAUGGGCUUUGUAUGCAAAAUUCGAGUCAAUUGCGGAGGGGCAUCGCGUUGUGCAUGAUGUUGUCUCAGCGAUUGUGGAGCGAGAACACUUAACUAAGAAUGAUACCCUUGGAGAUGGAUUUAAGGAAUUGUGGAAGCUUCUGCAGAGUGAGAUUCGCUCCCUGUUGCAUGACUACCUUGCAACUGAUGGAGAGACGUCGUUUAGGACUCGAAGCGAGGAGACAGAAGCUCGGCGUAAUUUCUACACAAAUAAUCGGGAUAAGAACAAGAAAAUGUUCAAAUUGUCCGAUAUUGAUCAAAACUCAGAAAUGAAAGCUGAGCAAGAUGAACUGGACGAAAUUCUCAAAUCUUCAGUACCUGGUCUUGUGUCUAAAUCUAGGCAAAAGGCCUCCGCGACUGAUGCAGCACAAGCCAGGCAAGGUAAUUCCGGAACGGGUCAUAAGAUUCUUCUUGAGCCAAGUGUGUUCAAUAUGAGGCUCUUGCUCCCGCCAUCAUUGUCAUUCAUACAGCGCCUCAAAGAUAUCGUGCCAGUCGAUUCCGACAUUUCUAUGGGCACAUUGACCUCCUUCCUUGAUGACUUCAUGGUUAACGUGUUUCUGCCCCAACUGGAUGAGACCAUUACGGAUCUUUGCACAUUAAGCUUCAUCGCUGCGGAUGCAUUCACAGAGGAUCCUCAAUGGACAAAGGUCUCUCCUCGACCUAUUUUCAAGGGUACGGUCAAGUUCAUGACGAUUGUGCGAGAGUUCAGCAAAAUGCUGUCAAGCAUCCCACACGAUCAGGCAUUCACCCAGCUUUUGAUUGAUCAGAUCGUGACCUACUACGACAAAUGUUGUGGAUGGUACAAAGCUAUGGUUACCAGAGUGUCUACACGCAACAAUGGGGGUGGAGUGAAAUUGAAGCCUGCUGCCUUAUUUGCUGAAUCUGGUGACAUCCAUGACGUGGUCGAUGAAUUGUGGAAAGGAGCUGGCUCCAAAAAGCAGACCCUCAUUGACACUGAAAUCGAUCUCUUGUUGAAGAGAACUGACACAACGCCUUUGGAGCCGUAUGAUAUCAUUUCGGACCCGAAGACGGUUGUCGCCCUUUCCCUUCUAUACAACAGCAUGCAAUGGCUGGGCAGUCACCUUGCACAAAUCCGACUUGUCGAUCCAUCUCACGAGCCAAGUUCCUCAAGCUUGACUUCCAAUGGCAGACCAUCCCGCCGAUGGACCCUAUUCGGGGCCAUGAAGCCUAAGCGCGACAGUAUCAGCCAACCGGUGCAUCUACCCCUGAACCAAGAGACUGCAGCAGCAUUUGAUGAAACUGUUCAUUCUUUGCACCUGCUUGGAUCUAAUGCACUCCUGACCCUCCAAAUUGAUAUUCGCUGUGGUGUUAUCCAUAUGCUAACGAGAACGAUGUCCGGUCCGAACCCCCCAAAUAUCCGCAACUCCGAACCCACAACGCCAUCCCCAAGCACACUAGAUAACUGGUGGCACAUCAUCAUGAACCAACCAACAGCUGCUUCCCCGACCAUUCUCCAGUUGAAUGGCGACUUGAUCGCAUUUGACACCAACAUCUCUACGUAUCUUGGCUCUGCAGAACGCUGGUUCAUCACAUCUGGCUUAGCAAGAUUCAUCGAUCGCGUCUUUGUCGCCUGUACGCGCUACAUUGGCGCCAUGAAUGAGAACGGCGCUCUGCGUCUACAACUGGAUGUCCUUGUUCUUCAACAGAAUCUCAAGAACAUUAUCAUCGACCCAACUGCUGAUCCAGCCUCGACUAUCGACCAGGAGGUAGUCGCGCUACCACGCAGCGCCAAGUUCCUGGAUUGGUUCCUUGAAGGCGCAGAGAAGGCCUUGGACUACGCGAGUGAGGAGAAGGGAGCCUUUGCCGCGCAGGGUGACAAGGCCCUCGCUGCUGGCAAUGGCGAGCCCUUCACAUAUGAGGAGCUCCGCAUCUUGGUGGAAUUGUGUUUCUCGGAGAUCUUGCGUGGUCCACGUGGUGCUGAGAAUCGGGAAGAUUUCAUGUCCGCCAGGAAGGCCAGUGCGGAUGCGUUGCUUCGUCUGAAUGAGGUGAUGUGGGAUGCACGAUAA